GGGCAUUUUUCAUUGUAAUAUCACAAGGAUAUGGUAACCCACCCUGCGUUAUGAACUGCAAAAGCAUCGUACUAGUAUGAAUUGCAUCACAAAUUUCCUCAGCAUGAGAAAUAAAAUUUGUAAUGCAGGUUUACCUUAAGAGCAAGAUUUGUAAUGCAUGUUUGCGAUUACUACGAGUACGAUACUUUUGCACAGGAUAUGCGUACGACAAGACGAAACACUUCAUGGCACCCAGAAUCACGAGAGAUAUCAACUGUAAAAAUGUCUGGGUCUGGAAGAGUGUUGAACUUGUCAUGCUGUCUUUGGAUUCCAAAAAAGUCCGUAUUGCAUGACCAGCAAAAGGAGUCCAGUUUGUGCUACGCGGAGAGGGCAUUUCUCAUGCGGUAUGAGCAUCAGAAAGCCCUCGCAAGAUCUCUGAUGCUAGGGCAUGCAUCACAGACCUCAUGGGUCAUGCAAAAUCUGCAUGACAAACCUGGCACUCUUCCAGACCCAGACACUUUUGCAAUCCAUCAGGGAAGAGUUGGAGCAAAUGCGGGAGGUGGAAUUGCUGGCUGCGGCGAGCAG